AUGCUGAGGCAGAACCAAGAAACGGUGGCCGAGCUGGUCGUCACCAUGUUUGAGAACCAGACUCUGAUGAGAGAUCUGAAGGAGGCUGAGUAUGACCUGGUCCUGACUGACCCAGUGUUCCCUCCCGGGGUCCUGGUGGCCCACUACCUCUAGCUCCCCCUGGUCCUAAACGUGCGCUGGCUCCUCAGCGGGGAGGGACACUUUGCCAUCGCUCCCUCGCCAUUAUCCUAUAUCCCUCAACUGUUCUCCCGCAACUCUGACCAGAUUAACUUUGCACAGAGGCUGAAUAACAUGUUCUACCACGGUCUCAACUACUACAUGUAUCGUUACGUCUCCAACCCGCCUUACCAGGCCGUGUGUUACCGCUUCUUCGGCCCUGAUGAGGUGGACGUCAUAUCCCUUAUCCAGGGAGCUGAUCUGUAGCUGAUGAGGGUGGACGUCAUAUCCCUUAUCCAGGGAGCUGAUCUGUAGCUGAUGAGGGUGGACUUCAUCUUUGAGUUCCCUAGACCCACCAUGCCGAACGUAGUCUAAGUGGGCGGGUUCCAGUGCAAACCCUCCAAGCCUUUGCCUGCAGCUUUAGAGGAGUUUGUCACUGGGAACUCUGUUGGGAGGACUGGGUCCAGAGAUAACAGAGGUCAUAGCCUCAGCCUUCGCCCGGCUGCCCCAGAAGGAGGUGUGGAGACACCUGGGAGAGAGGCAUUCGUCUCUAGGCAACAACACCCUGCUGGUGAAAUGGCUGCCUCAGAACGACCUCCUAGGUCACCCCAAAACCAAAGUGUUCGUCACACACAGGGGCACCAACGGGAUCUACGAGGCCAUCUAUCACGGAGUCUGAGUGUUGGGUAUCCCUCUCAUCUUUGACCAGUUUGACAACAUGGUGCAUAUGAAGGCCAGAGGAGUGGCUGAGGUUAUGGGGGUUACAACGUUAGAGGUGGAAUCCCUAACACAGACUCUGAGGGACAUUCUGGAUGAAGAGAAGCCCUACAGAGAGAAUAUGAGAAGACUAUCAUGGUUGCACCACGACCGGCCUAUAGAACCUUUGGACAGCGCCAUCUUCUGGCUGGAGUUUGUUAAUGCGACACAAGGGGGCAGCUCACCUAUGUACAGAGUCUUAUAA